AUGUUUGGACUGUCAUUAAUAACAUCUGCAAAAGGUGCAGUUUAUUUAUCAAUUGGAAUAAUUCCAGUUAAUUUUUGUGAGGGAAUAUCAUGUGAUUUGCCGUCUCAUGUAAAAGUCACUAAGUGGUUAAAAGUCUUUAAGGUUAUGUUACGUCCCGGUUACCUCACGGGUUCAAAAUUUCAUGAAUCUACUAUCCAUCAACGAUCAACUACUAGAAAAAAGAGAAGAAAUCAAAAUCCUUGGGCUUACUAUCGACCGAAAACUCUCCUGGAAAACCCAAAUAGAGUUACUAAAAAACGACUGUCGGAACCGCCUAAACAUUCUGAAGUUUAUGAACGUACGCUCGGGUAUUAUCCUCCAGGGCACCCCCUGUCCUUGACAAUCGACCUGCAACUCAAUGAUCUAGACCGACGAACUGUGCCUGCAGAAACUCUUAGACUACACUUCCUCGAACUACGAGAUAAGUACUCAUCAAGCACUGAAUAUUAUACCGAUGGUUCGGCAAUCAACAACAGAACUGGCUAUGCAAUAGUCUCUGAUUCCACCACAUUAGUGGCCCAACGGACCCAUGACCACAACUCAGUCUUCACAUGUGAAGCCAGGGCGAUUCUUCAUGCACUAGAACUAAUAAUAAACAGACAGGAUACCACAAACAGCACCAUCUACUCAGACUCUAUGUCCUGCUUAAAGGCCAUCGAAAAUCUUGCUACCGCAAAUCCCUACUCUCUCAGUACUCAGUAUACUCCCACUACUUCAUUAAGGGUCAAGGGACUUAACGAGAUCAUUUUAUUGGUAUUCGAAGUAUCAGUACAAAUAGAAAAGUCAUCAAUGAAAUCACUUGCGUACGCAGCUUCAUAUAAAACAUUAAUGAAUUGUGACAAGACUGAUGGCUUUUACAAUGUUCUAGUGCAAAAGAUAUACGGAUCAAACGGAAUAAGCAAUACAACAACAGCAAAUAUGACUGGGACAAAGGAAACAGUGAAAAUUCUCGAUCCCACGAUAGCUGCAAACCAUGUAGGCAUGGGAAUAGGGUCAAUGGGUGUCACGACUUUGCCACGGUCGGGAAACUGGCUACACCCUGCAGGCCUCAUGCUCGGGCGCAGCGUAGUUUGGGUUCGUCUCUAUUGCCAGGAAAAGUAA